GGCUGGAAGGUUUCCGAUGGAGGAGGAUAUUUAUAACCCAGAGUUUCAGCCUCUCUUCCCUGGGAGAGUCCGGACCACCUGUCACUUCUCUCUGCUCUGAGGACGAACUGGCACAAAGAGGAGAAGAGAGGCAGAGAGACGCGCGUAAUUCCUCUGCGCGCCUUUACUGCGCCUUGCCUCUCCUCCUCAUCCUCCUCUGACCGCCUCCGUCUCUCUCCUUGGAUGAACUUUCUCGCCGCCUGCGGGGACGCGGCCGCUCGCACCGAGAUCAUGAAGACAACGCGAAAAUGUCGCGCGCUGCUGUCGGUGGGUCUGAACCUGGUGGCUCUGUUCUUCUCCACCACCGCCUUCAUCACCACGUACUGGUGCGAGGGCACCCAGCGUGUUCCCAAGCCCAACUGCAGCAAGCAGCGGCGCCACAACUGCAUCGACUACGGCGUGAACGAGACGGACCAGAACAAGGUGCACUACAGCUGGGAGACCGGGGACGACCGCUUCCUGUUCCGCCGCUUCCACACCGGCAUCUGGUAUUCCUGCGAGGAGAACAUCCACGAGGCAGGUGAGAAGUGUCGGAGCUUCAUUGAUCUGGCCCCGGCGUCGGAGAGAGGUGUGUUGUGGUUGUCGGUGGUGUCGGAGGUGCUCUACAUCCUGCUGCUGGUGGUCGGCUUCAGCCUGAUGUGUUUGGAGCUUUUCCACUCCAGCAACGUCAUUGACGGACUCAAACUCAACGCCUUCGCCGCUGUCUUCACUGUGUUGUCCGGUCUUCUGGGUAUGGUGGCCCACAUGAUGUACACUCAGGUGUUCCAGAUCACAGUCAGUCUGGGUCCUGAAGACUGGAGGCCUCACAGCUGGGACUAUGGCUGGUCCUUCUGCAUGGCCUGGGGUUCCUUCACCUGUUGUAUGGCCGCCUCCGUCACCACCCUCAACUCCUACACCAAGACGGUCAUCGAGUUUAGACACAAAAGGAAGCUGUUCGAGCAGGGCCUGCGCGAGGAGCAGAACUACCUGGACCAGGAGGCUUUCCACUACUUCCGGGACCGCUCCCUCCAGUCCAUCUCCAGCACUGUGGAGGUCUACCCCGGCCACAGUGGAGCCAGAGGCGGGAUUGUUGUCGGGGGCCCAGGUCCAGGUCCUGGACCAGGUCCGGGUCCGGGUCCUGGUCCCGGACGGGGCAAGAUGCGAGCUGCAUCAGCCUCCAUAGACCUGGGGGAGAACACUGACUCUCUGGGGGAGGAGCAGUGCUGAGCCACCCACGGGAAUGGGAGGGUCAUGUGGGAUGGGAUGUGAUGAGAUGAUGAGGCAGACUGCUCCUUUAGGUCUGGACCCAGCUACUGGUUUUCCCGCCAAAAUCAAAAGCACAGCAGCCCUUAUUUUCUGUUUGAAGAAGAUGAUUAACAGACUUGACGAGAGGAGACAUGGAGGAAGCAAAUAAAUAAAAUUAAACAGAUAUGUUCUAUAUAUGAAAUGAAAAUGAAUAUUAAAUGUGACAAACGGACUGAGAUCAUUCACUUUGAGAUCUGUGACUUCAUGGAUGGAAAUCAGGUGUUUUCCAGCAUAUUUCACAGUGCUAUGUGUAGUAUUUUAACAUCAAUAAAUAAUAUGAACUAUGAGACAUUAACCUAUUUGUAAGUUUUGCUAUUGCUA